AACGUCCAAACAAGCUAACGAAAAUUGUAAAACGUCCAAACAAACUAACAAAAUAUGUAAAACGUCCAAACAAACUAACAAAAAUUGUAAAACGUCCAAACAAACUAACGAAAUAUGUAAAACGUCCAAACGAACUAACGAAAAUUGUAAACCGUCCAAACGAAAUAACGAAAUAUGUAAAACGUCCAAACAAGUACACGAAAGAGGUAAAACCAAAUACCUUUGAAAUAACCCUCCCAAAUAAAGAAAAGAAAGAUAGGCCUAUAAAAGUCGCAUAUCCAAAAACAAAAGAGAUAAAACGUCCAAAAAAAUAUAAAAAUUAUGUAAAACGUCCAAACAAAUACAAAAAAGUGGUAAAACCCAAAACUUUUGAAAUAAAACUCCCAAAUAAACAAAGGAAAGACGUAAAAUUAAAAGUCACAUAUGCACAAACGAAGGAGAUAAAACGUCCACAUAAAUAUGCAAAGGACGGAAAACGUCCACACAAAUAUUCAAAAGAGAUUAACCCAAAUAUAUUUGACAUACACUUCAAAGAUCCCAAGCUAACGAAUUAUAUAAAAGUUCCAAGCAAAUACACAAAAGAUGCAAAACGUCCAAAUAAAUACGAUGUACGCAUCAAGAGAGCAUCACGUUCGAAUGAUGACCCAGAGUUCGAACACCGUCCAAGACGUGAGAAACAUUCAAAUGUCAUCACUGGCAUAACCAAAGCCAAUCAGGGAGAGCUAAAACAAACAUUUGGAACGGAUAAGCCGAAGAAGAUUGCAAACACGGACAUGACCAAAACUGAGAGUCUGAUUGUUGGAAGCAGGCACGAGGCUAUUCCGGCUCCUACAAUUCCCGUUGAUGCUCCGGGACAACCUAAAACAUACGGAACGACAGUGAACACUUUGCCGAGAGUCAUAGAGGAGAGAGAUGACGAUUCCGGAUAUGGUGAAUGGAGUCCUUGGACGGAAUGUUCUCUUACGUGUGGCAUUACAUCAGGAACGAGACAGCGUACCAGGACAUGUGAUUCAGAGCAAGGACGCUGUAAUGGACCAAAUUCAGAACUAAUGCUAUGUAAUGUUCUAGUGUGUAAUUAAAAUCUGACUCCAGUGUGUAAUUAAAACUAACUGUAAUAGAUCGGUAAUGCCAGGCUCUAUAUGCACAUGUACAUCUAAAAAAAAUUUAAAUAAUAAAUAUGACAAUGAUGCAAAAACUGCGCCUUUGUUCAUUGUUUACAUUAAACCAUGAAAAGAACACUGGGAGAAUAAUAAUAUAUUUAUGAUGGAUGAAGGAUUUUUUUAAAUUACACGAAAUAAACAGUUUUUACAGACCCCAAA